GACACCCGAAAUACCGGUAGCAGCAGCCCGAAGAUAAGAUUUCGAUCUCAUGAGAAUUGCUAAAGGGAGACCUAAUUCAUCGCCAUCUGGCCAAUAUUUUCCCAGCAGAUAUUUCCUGUCAGUAUCUACACUUGUCAGUCAUUACCGGUACCGAUGCCCCGCCGCCGGACCAACAGCAUCUCCGCCACAGUAUUGUUCCCGGCCCGGCCGGAAAACAGAGAAAGGGGCACCGUUAACGCGUUAGACCGGGAAAUAGGUUGGAGUACAGAAGUGAAGAGACCUCUGUCCAAAUCCUCACUGCAGAAUUCCCGCCGGGGUCGGAACUCCGAAAAUGGCAGAUCCAACACACUGUACUGUCAGGAGUAUCUCUUGCUCUUCCGUAUUUCCUCUUUCCCCCCCUAUUGGAUUUCGAUUGAGGUUUCCAGGUUUUGUCACUCCCGGUGCGUUUCUGCUGAUGAACCCUUCCCCGUCUAACCCGCUUCCCGGUCCGAUACGCUAUCAUAUGGUAAAAUCCCCUUCUGGGGGGCCAACGAUAAGAGCUGUCAACGGUAACCCAAUGCCCGCGGGUUUACCUUUUAAACCUCUCUGGCUCAACAGUUAAGUUUGUUUUUACCGUCCUAUCUAUCACUCUCCCUUCCCUUCCUUUCCGCCUUUUCAUCUUCCCUCAUUACCACCAUUCCCAAGAACGUUUUACGAGAAUAUUUCCCCUCUACUUCAUCCCAUCUCACUGCCACUAGCAAUCGAGAGCUCGAAAGCAUUUCCAUUUCAUUGAAACUUAUUCACUUCCCUUCGGAUGUCUGUGUUUUCACCCUCGGAAUCCUUGCAUAGGAUUUCCCCCUCACCUCACCCCCCCUCACACAACCACUCUCAAAGGAAAGCUUGAGAACAUUUACAUCCCACUACAAGCUACCCAACCCCCCUCCCGAGAAAGGCGCGGGUCCGCCUCCCCCUUUUUUUUAUACCUAUUUCACAUCUGAAAACGAACCCGUUGACAGCAACACUUUACUACAGAACAACAAGUUGGUUCCUCGCCAUUGUCGGGGGCUUGUUGAAUGGGUUUUCUAGAGGGAUGGAUUGUUUGUUGGUAUUGACAUUAACUGUUAUCUGGAGCAUUUGGGUACCUCCUCUUCCCCUUUUGAUGCCCGUAGUGUUCAGGUGUGUUUACUCAUAUGUUUACCGUCUUGCUCAUAGCUUGCCGAAGAGGAGAGAUGGAUGGAUGGAUGGAGCAAGGUGUAUUAGGGGUCUUGAGCUAACAAAAGCCUCUCUACCUUUCCUCUCAACUCAAAUUUAUUUAUUUUGGCUCUUUCACAUGUGUGAAUGUGCCCCGUACCAUUCAUUAGUUUCCGGAUUCACUGGUUCUUCCUAGACAAGAGCGAUCUCCUGUGACAAUUGUUAUGAUGAAACCAAAAUUUCUCUCGCUCCCUACGCAUUGGUCUUCCGUCAUGGGGGAAAAGAAAAUGAAACCCCAGACUAUAACAUAUAA